ACAUGUAAUAUACUAUGUUUUCAGGACAUCCGCGUUCCGUGUCUCUUGUGUUCGAAGCUUCUCUCUCGCUCGCCCCCAUCCCCAUGUGAUAUACACACACAUAUACUUAUUUUACUAAUUAUUAGGUUUCCCAGUUGCCAGUUUUGCUCAGUCGCUCUCUGCUUUUACGACAGAUCUAAUCUAAAAGGAAUUUUGAUCUGGUUCGGAAGGUUUAGGUCUUUGAAGCUUGGUUUGUUCACAUCUUUAUUGAGAGAUUUUUGGAGUGGUGAGAUUUGGUAGAUGGAGAAGGAUAGAUCUGUAAACCUAGGUGGAGGUUUACUGCCUCCUUCUGGUAGGUUUUCACCUUUUCGGCCUUCUGGUAGUGCUCUCAAUGUGAAAACAGAGCCGUCAGGUUCAACUGCAGUGCCUCAAUUGCGACCUGACAGUCUUGCAGAAGCGGGUCGAUUUGGUCAUGGAUUGUCAUCGGAUACUAAUCACUUCAGCUAUGAUAUAAGCCAAAUGCCUGAUAACCCGCCUAAAAAUCGGGGACAUAGACGAGCACACUCCGAAAUCCUGACGCUACCAGAUGACCUUAGCUUUGAUAGUGAUCUUGGUGUUGUGGGUGCUUUGGAUGGACCUUCAUAUUCAGAUGAGACCGAGGAAGAUUUGUUUUCAAUGUAUCUCGACAUGGAUAAGUUUAAUGCUUCUGCAACAUCUUCUUUUCAAGUGGGGGAACAGUCAUCUGCAUCAGGACAACCAUCCAUCCUUGCCCCAGCUUCGGGACAAGCUGCUCCUUCAACUGACAAUAUGGUUUUUGCCUCUACUGAUAGGCCUAGGAUUAGACAUCAACAUAGCCAGUCUAUGGAUGGGUCCACUACAAUAAAACAAGAGAUGCUCAUGUCGGGUACAGAAGACCCAUCUUCUAUUGAAGCUAAGAAAUCAAUGUCUGCUGCUAAGCUUGCUGAGCUUGCUCUUGUUGACCCAAAGCGUGCUAAAAGGAUAUGGGCAAACAGGCAGUCGGCUGCAAGGUCCAAAGAGAGGAAAAUGAGGUACAUAGCUGAACUAGAGAGGAAAGUACAAGCCCUGCAAACAGAGGCAACAACUUUGGCUGCUCAGCUGACCAUGUUGCAGAGAGAUACAAAUGGUCUGACAGCUGAAAAUAGUGAACUAAAACUGCGGUUGCAGACAACAGAACAACAGGUUCAUUUGCAAGAUGCAUUGAACGAAGCACUUAAGGAAGAGAUCCAGCACCUUAAACUGUUAACCGGCCAAAACAUUGCAAAUGGGGGUUCUAUGGUGAACUUUCCUCCAUAUGGAGCCAGCCAGCAAUAUUACCCUACCAACCAGGCUAUGCAAUCAAUGUUAACUGCUCAGCAAUUUCAACAGCUCCAGCUCCAUUCUCAGAAGCAACAGAAUCAAUUUCAGCAGCAACAGCUACUUCAGCAGUUCCAGCAGCAGCAGCAUCAGUACCGAGAACAGCACUUGUCGCAAGGUGGAGACAUGAAAAUGAAAGGGGCAACAUCAUCUGGAAACUUGGGAGAGAGCUCUCAAGACAUCAGCAUGUCCAAGGAAUAGAUAGGAACAAAUGGUUAGUCGCGAUAUAUUAUGGGGCUGAUAAUCUUCUGGUUCAUGAUUCAUUUUAGAUACCAUGCAUGUUAAGUGUGUGUUCUAGGCAGUUAAAAUUUGGGUUAAAGAUCAAUUCGUUGGUAGUGUAAACUGUAAUAUUUACAUCUCGAAGUCAUCAUGUAGUCGUUUCUCCCCUUCGGCUAUGUUGUUAAAUUUAUCGACCUUAGGUUUUAUAUGGCCAACUCUAGAGUUAUUUCAUCUGUUGAGAGCAUUUCUGUUUGACUUUGUUGUUUCUUUGGUUGAUAUCAUUCUUUUAUUGGUUGGUUUUCUGGACAUAUUGGUUGGAUUUCUGGAUAUCGGCUCUGUAUAAAACAGUCUAAUUACUGAAGGCGGCACAUAUCUUUGUUUA